UGUAGUAGUAUCACAAUUGUUAUCUCACCCUAUCAAUUUCCAUUUCCUUUUUUCUUCCUUCCUUCUUGCUCUAUUAUUUGUUAUAAAGAAUCUUUAAUUUUUAUCUUCCUUACUUCAUUAAUAACUGCUCAUUCUUGUUGUGUAUCAAUUUCUUGCUUUCCUUGUUGAUUCUUGCUGUGCUAUCUUGCAAAGUUUAGAUUUUUAUUAUUUGGGACUUAGUGAUUUUAUUUUAUCUAAACAACAACAACAUAUCCAGUGAUUGGGUCUGGGAGGCUGGCGGUAGAGUGUGUGCAAGCCUUAUCAUUAGCUAUAGGCAAAGAGGUUGUUUUUUAUUAUUUUAUCUAAACAAUUGAGAUUAUAUUCCCAGGAGUGUUACUUGUAAUUGUAGUGUGUAGUACUAGCUUUAAACAUGAUUUUUCAAGAAAAGUAAUAUGGUGGAAGAAAGCUUUUCUUGUGGGUUUACGGUUUGAAGAGAUUAUGAAACUACUCUGCCUCUAGGAACUAGGAAAUUUAUCAUUAUAUAAAUUGUGGUAUAAUCACAGUGAGGUUUUCCUUAUUUAUGAUUCCACAAACCUUUGAGCAUAGCUAACUUAGGUUAUAUUAAUUUCUUAGAUAAAUUCAAGGUUUUGUUUUUCUUCUCACAAUUAAUUUCACCUUAAUUACUAAUGAGUUAGAGGUUUUUUUGAUUUUUUAUCUUGAUGUCUGGGUAACUCUGUCCACCAAGGCUAGGAUAGAUAGAAAGAAUCACCUAGUGUUUUUGUCUCCUCUGGAAUUUGGGCUGAGACCUCAUGGCUCUCAACAACUUCAUUGACCACUAACCCACACCCUUGAGUUCUAGUGAGUAGGAGUUUUUCUUUCCUAAAUUUACAAUAUAUAUAGGCCACAGUUCUUGAUCUGGUGUGUUGUUUAAAUAUUUUGUAGUUUGUUCAUAUUUAUGAAUUUCAUCUAACCAAGUUGGGAACUUUUGAAUCUUGAGUAGUUCAAUUCGCAGAAGACUGAUAAGUGAUUUGAGGUUUAGCAAUGAAGUUGAAUUAUAGGAGUAUGGAUUUAUGCAGACUUGAGAUACCUAUAUAAAUACAAAAGUUUUCUUUUUCCAGCGUUAUGUACAGUAAUUUGAACCAAAGGCAAUGAGUGAAUCACCAGUACCAGUAAAGGUGGAUCUGUGAUUUGUGCAAUAAAGCUCAGAUCUUCUUCUUUUUUUGAAUUUUAGUUCCUAUCAUGGAAAGAGACAUUGUGUGAUUAGUUAUUGAGAGAAAUAUUUUCGAGAAAGUAAGGAGUGGAUGUUUGGGUUAUAUUGCACGGGUUGGGUUAUAACCUGUUAUUUUACACAUUUUGACCUAAGCAAAAUUUUGGGCGGGAUGGGUUGUGACCCGUUUAUAGUCUUGACCUGUUUCAACCCAUUGUGUGAUUGUUUUCUCUGAUGAAUCUUCUAAAUGUUUAGGCUUCUUCUGUUUACUCUUAUAGAACUCAGUAUGCCUACAGCAAAUCCUGAUGCAACUGAUCAAGAAAAUGAAUUAUUUGCUGAGAUUGAUCCAUCUGGGAGGUUUGGACGGUACGAGGAGCUUCUUGGCCAUGGUGCAGUAAAGAUGGUGCAUAGAGCGUUUGAUCUUGAGGAAGGCAGAGAAGUAGCCUGGAAUCAGAUUAGAUUGAACAAAUUCAGUGGCAGUCCUUUCAUCAUCAAUAAGAUCCAUUCUGAAAUCGAGUUGCUGAAGAAGUUGAAGAAUGAAAACAUCAUUGUCAUGUACCAUUUCUGGAAAGACAGUGACCAUAACAUUCUGAAUUUCAUAACCGAGGCGUGCGCCUCUGGUAAUUUGAGGGAAUACAGGAAGAAGCAUCGUCAUGUUUCAAUCAAGGCCUUGAAGAAGUGGUCAACACAAAUAUUACAGGGCUUGGAUUUUCUCCAUACUCAUGAUCCUUGUGUCAUUCAUAGAGACCUCAAUUGCAGUAACAUCUUUAUCAAUGGGAAUGUUGGAAAGGUGAAGAUAGGUGAUCUUGGUUUGGCAACAAUCGUGGGGAAGAGCCAUGCAGCACAUUCUCUAUUAGGGACUCCAGAGUAUAUGGCACCAGAGCUUUAUGAAGAGAACUACACAGAGUUGGUGGAUGUAUACUCGUUUGGGAUGUGUUUGAUUGAAAUGGCUACUUUGGAGAUACCUUACAGUGAAUGUGACAGUUUAGCCAAACUAUACAAGAUAGUAACUUCUGGAAUAAAGCCUCAAGCUUUUAACAGGGUGAGCGAUCCCGAGUUAAAGGCCUUCAUUGAAAGAUGCAUUGGACGGCCAAGAGCAAGACCCUCUGCAGCUGAAUUGUUGAAGGAUCCAUUCCUUUCUGAUUAUGAUGAGAAUGAUCUUGAUAGUUGAUGCAUUUAUGUUCAAGUUCUGCUAUUCUAUCAUAGUUGCAAGGGUUCCAAACCUUAACAAUUUAAGUACCAAAGGCUGCUUUCGGUUGGUUUCAUUAUGGGGCUGUUCACUACUAUCUAUCAGCUCUGUCUUAGUCUGUUGAGUACUGAUCUUUGUAGCUCGAGACGACCUGCCUUCUUCUAACUCUGUAAGAGUGACAGAGUGUAAUAUAGUAAUCCAAUAGAGGUGUAAAGUCUGAACUUUAGUUAGUUGAAUAUGUUUGAUAUGAGAUUCAAUUUCUAGAUUCUUGUAAAAUUUACGUCAUUUAUAAUGAGUUUCACAAAAAC